UCUUCUUCUGCUUCUGCUGCUGCUGCUGCUGCUUCGCCUCAUGACGCCCUUUGCGUCGUUAUUCGAGUCUUUGUGCCCCCUCUCUGGUCGGCUAUGGCCAGAUGAAAGUGCAAUAGUUCUUUUGGCGGCGGAAAAGUGGUCCCAUAGCGCGAAUUAAAACGAAUAAAUCGCUUUGUUACGGAGGCGCUUCAAAGUGGCGGCGGAGUCCGAAAGUGUUGCUCUUGGCUUCGUUGCUAAAAUGUCAUCACCAUCAUCAUCAUCAUCAUCAUUCAUAAAUACUCGUCGUUUACCACACCUAAUCGCUAGGAAUAGCUUCGUUAAACGGUAGUUGAUGAGCAUCCCCAAUCGAGGGGGAAAAUUGGCUUUCUCUGAUGAGCAGCCAGUUUUUUUGGUGACGAAUUGCUCGCUAAGUUUUCCAUUGUCAUUUCACUUUUUCUUCACUAUCGCCUGUGUCAAGAGCUGUCAGUCUUGUGGUUAAUGAGGCCUGGUCUUCUUUGCUUGAUUUAGGGGAAUAAAUGAAUUUUGUAGAGAUCCCUCGUUGGAAUUUUGAAUUUUGUCUAUAGUGUCUGAACGACCAUAUGAUUUCACUUUGAAUAAGUUGCAAGGCAAUACUGGUCCUGUACAUAGGCCUACUUGCUAUGGGACGUCAUUAACCACUUUUAUCAGUCCGGUUUUAACUGAUUUAGCCAUUAAAGUAAGUUUUGACUUGUGUAUUUCAAUACUCCAGCUUAUAAUAAAUAUUUAGGCUACCUAUUGCCGAAAAGCUUUUCGUACCCAAGACAAGUAAGCUUAUCACGAUUGUAAACCUAUGGUGUGUUCUAACCUGAAGGUGUAAUAGGCCUAGGCUUAUUCACUAGGUAAGCGGGGAUUUGGAGGCUAACAAUCAACCAGAGAAAAAAGUUAAGUUGGCUUAUUUUAACUGUUUGAGAAGUUGGACUGGCUGGAAGUUCACUGUUGCACCUAUGCUCAAGCUAAGUGUAGCUAGCUACUCAUUAAUUAGGUAUAGGCCUUCCUCUAGUAGGCAUAGGAACUCCUGAAACUUUUUUAUUUUAGUUUAGUUUAGGUUACCUAGUUUUCCUUUUUAAAUACCUAUUAGGUUGGGUUAGUUUUUAUUUUGGAUUUUAGAGUUGCGUAACGUAGGUAAUCAAUCGUUUUCAUUCUUUAAAGCUUUCAAAAUGAAUAGGUUCGUUUUAGCUAGGUCAAGGAGCUCGUACUCUCUUAGACCUUAUUAUUUAACACAAAACUUGAUGGGGUAAACUGGUUUAUUGUAUCUGUUAUGCUAGAAGUAGAAUGAGGGCUUUCAGUGUAGUUGGGCCAUUGCUGUGGGUUUCAUUGGUGUUUGUAAGCCUCUUCAAUUCAUCCGGUGUUUCAUGAUUAAAGAGUUAGCUCACUGUUGAUUAAUUAUAUACAUUGGUUAGGCUAAUCCUUCUUUAGUUAGGGAUCGAGUUCCAGCCAGAAUUUUUUGUUUAUACCACCAAAUACAUGAGCCAUUUAGUUUUUCAACCGUUAUGUUUUGUUUUAAUGGGCAGACAUACUAAUUUUUGUGCCCCUCUACCUUAGGCCUAGGCUAUAUACAACAUAUAUAAGAUCGUCUCAUUAGGAAACUAGCAUUAUGGGGUGGGGUCGGGAUUACAUAAAUGAGUUAUAAGUCACCAGGUAGGAAGCCAUCUGAAGAACAUAUGGUUCUGUGUUUAAUCAAUAACAUUAAGAGAAAGUAUAUUAAGCAUGAAGUUGUGGUGAGGGCUAUUGGAAGGAUACAUCCUAAACUAACAAAACCAAGGGCACCAAAUUUUUACUUGUGUGUGUUGGUGUGCAGUGGGAGAUCCAACAUAAUGUGCUGUAAAUCUUUCAUUGAAGUAUGUUUCGGGUUGUACUUUAUUUAGUCUAAUUUGGUGUUAGUUUUGACAAAUCAGUUCUUGAUUUUAAAGGAACAGAAAUGUUUUAUACAUCUUCCAAGGGUCACAUCUUGCUUAAGAGCAGAUCAAAGAUAUGUUAAGAUUAUCUUAACCUAACCUUCCCAAGGGUGGCUCCACCAAUGGAACUUAAAUGUGUAACAUUGCGUCAGCGUAGUCCUGAGAGCCGAGGUGAUAGGUAUAUGUUGUUUACCUUUGAGGAACCCCCAGCUCACAUAAAGGCAGGAUGGAAGGAAAAUCUUGCAACUUUCAUGAAUGAAUUAAAAAACAUCAAGGCUACUGGCUUAUCUACUUUAGGACCUGCAAUCAAGAAUGUUUUUGACGUUUUGAAUAUUAAUCGUAUGCAGUCAGGUAUUGAUACUUAUGGUACUGGAAGAAGUCCGUUUUUCUUAGAACCUUCUGUAAUAAUUAUCAUAACUGAUGGUGAAAAGCUCUCCUCACAACAAGGGGUUCAGGAAGAUAUAUUCCCCUUACCCAAGGUGAAUCCAAUACCGGGUGCAGAGCUCACCAAAGAAAUCUUCCGUUGGGACCAAAGGCUAUUUGGAUUAGUUCUAAGAUUAACCGGUACACCUGCACCUGACCCUAUGGGUAUAGUUCCAAGUGAUAAUUCACCUUUAGAUAAACUCUGUGAACAGACUGGAGGUCGUUCCUAUGCAGUUCGUUCACAUCGAAUGUUCCAACAGUGCAUUGACAGUUUGGUCCAAAAAGUGCAGAGUGGUGUUGUAAUAAAUUUUGAAAAAAUUGGUCCAGACCCUCCGCCUAUAAAUUCUGAUGGAAAAGAGGUGCCGGAUGUCAUUGAAGUGGACAAAGAGAACCAACAAAGUAAUAUGGAGAAUAAUGGUAGUUUAGGAAGUGCCAGCACUUUGGCAGGGACUGGAGGAGGCAUGUUAGGACACAUGCUUCAGAAUGGAGGACGUCCCCAUACUCCAAAUUCAAUGCCUUUGCCACUACCAAAUCCCUCUAGUAAUGCAUGGCAUAACUGUCGUAAGAUGAUCUAUGUACCAAGACCUGCUCAGAGAGGUAGUCCUUCAGGUUUUUGGCCAAUACCAGAAUCCUUUUGGCCAGAUGUUAAUACUGUUUCACUCCCUGCGAGAAGUGCUCAUCCUAAUGUAAAAUUUACAUGUACAAGUCAAGAACCAAUGGUUAUAGAUAAUCUUCCGUUUGACAAGUAUGAAUUAGAACCUUCACCCUUAACACAAUUUAUCCUAUCAAGAAAGCAGCCUACUGUAUGUUGGCAGGUUUACAUCCCAAACAGUAGUAAAAACAGUGAUGUAGGUCAUCCCUUUGGGUAUCUGAAGGCAAGUACUUCACUUCAGACUGUAAAUCUCUUUGUCAUGCCUUAUAAUUACCCAGUCUUGCUACCUCUUCUGGAUGAUCUUUUCAAAACUCAUCGUCUCAAACCUACCAAAGAAUGGAGACUGCAGUUUGACAAUUAUAUACGUACAAUGCCUCCAUAUUAUGCGAAUCCACUUAAACGAGCCCUUGGUCGAAUGGGCGCUUCAAAUCUGUUUGCUGAUAAUUUAGACAAUUCUCUAAGUUUUCAAGUCACUAAUCAUCUGAAAAGACUAAAAAAUCAAGCAAAAUUAGAAUAUGAAAGGAUAUGCUUGGAUGUGGAGAAAAGACUAUCUCAAACUACUUGUCAUGUUCAUGAAGGGAUUAGAGUUCAAUCAAGAAGACCUUUAAGUAGACAUUUAACCUCUAAUCAUACAUUACAAGGUAAAUUGGCCUCUUUACGUGAUCAAGUUACGGAAUAUUCUAACUUUGUCCUUGCGGUUCGUGAAGGGGAAGUGAAUCCUCAAAUGUAUAGGAAUCCUUUCGAUAUUCCCAGAUCCCUUCUUCUAGAUCAGUUAACAAGAAUGAGAGCAAACUUCUUGCAGUCAUCUUUAACGCAUUUGCUAACGGAACGUGAUAUGGACCAGCUCCAUUGUCGUCCAAUUAACCAAAUGGGCAAUUAUCAAGAUUAUUUAAAGAAAAUGACACCACCGUUGCGAGAAAUUGAGUCUACCCCAGUUAGACAGCAUAUGUUUGGAAAUCCUUUCAAGAUUGAUAAGAAGAUGUCUAUGAUGGUUGAUGAAGCCGAUGUAGAUUUAAUGGGAACAGGUGGAGGAGCAGGUGGAGGAGGUCGAACAUCAAAGCGACCUGUGGAAUCCCAAUCCCCCUCAGGUAGACCGAAUAAGCGAAGACGGGGACCAUUACCUCAGGAUUUCACUCUACCGAGGAUCAAUAAGAGUCCCAGUUCAAGUACUACUACAACUCCAAAUACCAGUCCUUGCCCUAGCCCUAGUCCUGCUCCUAGUCCCAUUACUAAUCCUAGUUCUAGGUCUAGUCCCCCUGGUUCUCCUGCACCCCUGAGAGGUGAGGAGAGACUUGAAAUGCGACAAGAAUUACCGAGACCUGAACGUGCUGACACUCCUGUUUUCCAGCCUUCUGGUUAUGCUGCAACACCUUCACCUGGAUACUCACCUGGAAUUUUGAGCGUAUCUCCUCCUGGGUCACCGUCAUCGGUGUCACUCUCAGAUGACAGACCUCUUCCUCUAGCAAGUGAUGUUCAUACCAUGUUAAAUGGAGAUGUUACACCAACACCCCCUUCUGUGAGAGAGGAAGAAAUGAACACCCCAGCAAAUACCUCCCCUACUAAUACCACAAGUGGACCAGAGCCAUAUGAAAUUGAUUUUGCACCUUCACCCACAAGAAACCUUACUCCUCCUCCUGAAGUACCUCAUGAAGAAAAGAAUGGUCCAGUUAUGCCAUUAGAUUCACAGGCUACAAAAACAUUCAACAAAGAACUUAGAAUGGCUUGCUUUAAAGAAGUUAAAAAACCAGGUCGUGAUUUCUCCAAACUGUUUGAUCAGUUGAACACCAUACAGGGCUCUCAUGAUUCAAAAUUAAAGAUGGUCAAAGAUGUGAUCCACGAAGCCAGUAGAUUUAAACGACAUUCACUCGUUAAACUUUUGUCACAAUUUUUAGAGGACUUGAUGGGUGGAGAAAAGACUAUAGUCAUUCGACCAAACGUGAGAGUUAAUGGCCACAGUAGAUAGAUGCUCAUCUUGACAAUAUAUGUUAAAAUAGUACAAUGUCAGGAAGUGGAUGUGUUUGGACACAAUUAUUGUGAUUUAAAGAGGAAGACUGUACACACUUGAAAGAAAUAUACAGAUGACAUGGCAUUUUUUCCCUCAAAAGCAAAGUGCAGUUAUUGGAGAGUGCAAACUUAUGAUUUGAACAAUGAUGAAAGGAAUGUCUGUUUUAAUGAGUAUUUCAGCAUUGGGAAGUUUUAAAUGAGAGUUUUAUGCAGACAAAUUUUAUUUAAGAAAAGAUCUAUAGGAUAGCGACUGUGUACCUGAGAAUUUUAAACAAAUGGAUAUAUGAUGUAAGAUGAGUGGAAGGAAGUCAGCAUGUUUGCUAAAUGGGAAUAUAUGCUUUGUGAUUGUUUUGUACAUAUUGUGUAUAUUUAUAUUUUAUAUAUGAUAAUACAGUUGAUCCUCA